GCAAGCAGAAGCAAAUUCAAGAAUGAUAGUAAAGAAAAAGAGAAAAGGUCAUGAGGAACCGGUACAGAAGAAGAGAAAGGUGAAAAGCAGUAGGAGCCAGACUAUCAUUAAAAUUGAGAAAGAUGUUCAAAUUGUCAUUAAAACUGAGGAUGAUGACCAACUUCAGACAAAAACAAAGGUGAAGAAGAAGGAAAAGUUUAAAGAAGAUGAAUGUUUAGACCAAUUAGAACUGAAGAGGAAGAAGAAGAAAAAGAAAAACAAAAAAAAAUUUGAUUCUGAAUUACUGAAAGAAACACGUUCAGAAAGCUUUAAGCAUUUGGAAGGCCAUCUGGAUACAGAACCUCAAGAGGCAUCAGAGGAACAAAUUAAAAUUCUCAAAAAAAAAAAGAAGAAAGUGCAUUGUCAGUCCCCCUUAUCAUUGGAGAAUAAUCAGAGCGGUGAUGUGGAGCUGUCAAGUCAUCAUACAGAUGGUACUAAAGAAAAUGAAUUUGCUUAUAAAAAAAGCAGAAAGAAGGCUGAUUUCAGUUUGGAUGGUGAAGAAACUAAGAAAAAAAAGAAGAAAGUUUUUUUCUUUGAUUUUUCAUUAGAGGGCACCCAGGACAGUGAACAGAAACAGUCUGAAAAUGUUUGUCAAAAAACACACCAAUGUAUUUCACAAGAAAAAGCUUUUAUGGGCCCAAACUGUGCAACAGCUAUGAUCCAGAACGAUGGGGAGAGUUAUGUGAGAAGAAAGAAAAAGAAGAAAAGGAAAGAUAAGUCUGACUGCAUUUCACCACUAGCAGAUAAUCAGUACAGUAUCUGUGAAGUUCCUGAUGGCACCAUAAAAUUAAGUGACAGAAGAAAAAGGCAAAGAACAUUUACAAAUAGAGAGGAAGAAGACACUGCUCAGAACUCUACAAGUAUUAGAGAGGCCAAGAGGGAAAAGAAGAGAAGCAAAGAUGUUUCUUCCAUAACAUAUGAAGAUAAUCCAGAGUACAGUCACAGAGGUGCUGGUAAGCAUCUCCCAGCACAGCAAAAAGUGGAGCUGGAGGAAGAAAAGCUUUCUGGAAAAAAAAGCAGGAAGAAUAUCAAGGAUAAUACAGUCAGCAAGAAAAAAAAGAAGAAGAUGGAGAAAGAGGAGGAGGAAACAACAUACUCAAAAGUUUAUUUAACCAAUGACAGUGCAUUUAAAAGACAAAAAACAACAGUAUUAGAAAGCAAUAAAAAGGAUAAAGAGAGUGAAAUGAAGCAAGCCCAAUAUGUCACAGGGGACACUGUAGAUGGGCUAUUAUGCAAUAGUAAUCAUAUGGUCUGUGACAGGAAAAGCAAAAAAAGAAGAAAAGAAGCACCACAGGACUGUGCUAAAGAGCCAGGUUCAAAUGCAAAUACAAAAAAGAUUAAAAAAGAAGACAUGGGAAAUGAGACACUGGGACAUGUGGAUGAUGUAACAAUUGUGCAGGAAAAAAAAGGAAACUGUGAUGAAGUUAACAUAGACAAGGUGAGGCGGCAGGCUCUGCAAGAAGAAAUUGAUAGAGAAUCUGGCAAAACAAAGGCGUUCAGCCCCAAAGUGGAACGGGAUCCAAUAUUGGGCCAGUGGAGCACAGCUACUUUUCAAAGCUCCGAAAAAGAAAUGAAGUUUUUUAGACUGAUGGGUGGCUUGAAAAGGGGCUCUUCUGUGCCUAUGCAAAAUCUCUCAGCAACUACAAACAAAGCAAACAUGGCUCUGAACAAGGAAGGGGAAGAGAAGUUACAGCAGGCUCUGAAGAUGGAAUUUGAUAAAGCAAUGAACUUGAAGCAACAUAGAGGAGCUGGUCUUGGAUUUCAACCUACUGCCAACAAAAAAGUACACAUAGACAAAUAUACAACUAGAUCUAUAAAGUUUGAAGAUUAA